AUGACAUCUAAUGUUAAGAGGAAGUUGCUGAAGUAUUUUGAUCAGGGAGUUUCUGUGUCUCAGUUUCAUGGGUGUUUGGGGACAGAUGUAAAUGGGAUUGAUAACUUUUCGUUAACUGUGAAAGAUUUGCAGCAUGAGGUAUAUAAGGCGAAGCGGUUGAAUAUGGUAGGUGGGGAUGCGGUGGCCAUGAUGGAUUAUUUUCAGAAAAUGCAAAGUGGGAAUCAGAAUUUCUAUUAUGCUCAAAGGUUGGAUGAGCACGGGCGUCUCAAGGAUGUGCUGUGGAUGGACGCGAGAAGUAGGGCGACAUAUGAGGAUUUUGGAGAUGUCGUCUGCUUUGACGCCACGUAUCUAACAAACGAGUAUGAGUUGCCGUUUGUGAAUUUCAUUGGAGCUAAUCAUCAUGGACAGUCCUUGCUGCUUGGCUGUGCGUUAGUUUCUCGUGAAGACUGUGACACAUUUACAUGGAUCUUCCAGCAGUGGCUAACAUGUAUGAAUGGCUGA